AAUCUGGAAUCUUUUUAUAAUUAUUGAACUAAUCUUGCUAAUCUUGCUUUUAAGUGAUUGGUUUAUCAGAUUAACCGAGUCUAUUGGGGCACACAAAAUUGUUCCGAUUUCAAUUCGAACCCGAAUUGAUUAACCGGUUUGCUCAGGCGUUGUGCGGCGAACUUCACGUGUCGAGCUCGAGACAGUCUUUUGAUGGCAGCCAAAGCCGAGAAGAAGCAUUACCUGAGGCAUCUCUCGAUCAGCAGCUCAAACGAGUGUUGGGAUCCGCCACGGCCACGCCACUUUUUUCUGCUUCCGGAGACUCUCACGUGACCGUUCGUUCGUCAGAUCGGAUCUUCUGUGUUUAACCGUCGACGAGGACUCUUCUUCUUCUUCUUCGUUCGCAUUGUUCAGUAUUAAACACUUUAAAUGGCGACAAUGAGCAAAGCUCAACGAACCAAACCAACUCCUGGAUCUCAGCGUCUUGUUCUGUUAUGUAUAGCUGUUUUUGCAUCCCUCCUCUUGCUCUCUUCUGUGAUCUCCACCGGAAAAUUGGGAUUGCCGUAUCAACAAACCCUAAUAGAUUAUUUCGUGUGGUCACCUCGUGGUAAGAGACAGCAUACGUUGUCUGAGAAGUACUUGUAUUGGGGACACAGAAUCGAUUGUCCUGGCAAAAACUGCGAGACCUGUGCUGGCUUGGGUCACCAGGAAUCUAGUCUCAGGUGUGCACUUGAAGAAGCCAUGUUUCUUAACAGGACCUUUGUAAUGCCUUCUGGAAUGUGCAUCAAUCCAAUACAUAAUAAGAAAGGUAUACUCAAUCGAUCCGAUAACAAAACUACUCAGGAAGGUUGGGGAGGGAGCUCUUGUGCAAUGGACUCCUUGUAUGAUAUUGACCUCAUAUCUGAGAAGAUACCUGUUAUAUUGGACAACUCCAAAACUUGGCAUAUUGUUCUCUCCACAAGUAUGAGGUUGGAAGAAAGAGGGAUCGCGCAUGUUCGCGGAGUCAGUCGACACAGGCUAACAGAGAGUCACUACUCAAAUCUCUUGAUCAUUAAUCGAACCGCAAGUCCUCUUGCAUGGUUCGUUGAAUGCAAAGAUAGAAGCAAUCGUAGCGCUGUC